UCCAACCUUGCUGCAACAAUUGACCGACCAAUCUCACGUGUCUGCCUCGAACCUUCAAGAUGCGCCCGACUCAGGUUCUCAGGGGCGGCGGCGGCGGCGCGCCCAUCGGCAAGCAUAACAACUUCCUCGGCAACUGGGGCAACUUUGGUGGCAUGAAGCAGAGGGGCAUCAUCUCGUACGGCCUUGCCCCGAACCGCCAGUACCCCCUUGCCGGCGCUGCGCACGAUGCCAUUUUCAACACGUGGAGGCGCUUUAGCCAACAAGUCCUCUACUGGGCCCCUCCCAUGAUCGCCGGCUACUAUGUGAUGAAGUGGGCUAUCGAACGGAACGAGUACCUCAAUUCGAAGGCGGGUCGGGCUGAGCUGGGUGGCGGAGAGGAGUAAGGGGCGUGUAUUUAUGAUGAGGAGCCCGGAACGGCAAUGUGUGAUCAAUAGACGAACCUGUACAAUCGACCACUGACCGAAGACGAUAGACCUCUUCGAUUUGUCUGCAGUUGACCGUUGUUCCCGGACGGCAUUGGGAGAGCUUGUGUCUGUUAUCAUACUAGCCAGGCAGGAACUAAGGCUGACAUGAACUGGUCAAGGUGAAGCUCAGGGCUACGAGCAAAGGGUACAAGACGCCAACCAAGCAGCACCCGGCCCUGAGGCCGAGGGAACCUCACAGGGGGGCCUCCUCUUCUCAACCCCAUUGAAAAUACGUCUGCCAAAGAGACAGCCACA